AUGGUUAAAUCAUUGUUCAAUAUUUGUUUGGCAGCUACGUGCCAGCAUAACUUAUAUGGAUAUUUGGCUGAUUUGCCAACAUCUUGUAAACAACGUUUGCUCGAAUUCUUUAGCUCACAUGACCAGUUAUUUCUAUCAGAAUGCGCUCAACUUGUAUCAUCACCUUCAUUUGGAAGAAAUCUUACGGAAUUACGUUUUUAUCUGAGCGAUCAAGUGACUGAUAGUGUUCUGGAAGCCAUUGCGGCUCAUAAUCGUGCACUUCAACAAAUUGCAAUUAUUUUUUGUCAAAACAUCACUGACAAGUUAACGACUCUAUUUUCUCGAAUUUGGUUUAUGUACAAUUCACCACUGUGGGGUGGUGUUGGUGUAGUGGUUUGGGAGUGUCGUGCUGCGCAACAGUUCGGCAGUUCGUCUCUUCAGAGCCCUGUGAAGAAAUACAAGAUGACGAGUCUGAGUUUGUACGAUGCGGGGUGCAGUUAUUGCACCUUGCCGUGCCUAGUCAUGAUGUCUAGAGGCAUUUGUCCGAGGGCACUAGGUGAUUGUCGUCAUUAUCAUCGUAAGGUUUCAAUGGAAGAUGGAGAAAUCAAAAGCGAUGGGAUCUAUCAGCUUGUUUAUUUAAAUCGUAACAUUCACUGUUUGUAUUUGAAUAGCUGCAGAGGUCUAAAUGAUCAAGCACUUUAUGAUAUCGCACACUACCUCGGAGAAAAAUUAUCUGUUUUGGAGUUGGAUUUUUUACCAAAUGUAAUCGAUCCAUCUUCUGCUCUAUUUUAUUUGAGUCGUAAUUGUCCAAACAUUAAGCAGUUAUCGCUUUGUCGUUUUUUCGAGGUAGGGAGAGAGCUUACACUAAUGCCUGAAUACAGAAUUGCUGGUGUAGGACUGCGUGAUGUUGAUUUACAUGGCAACUAUUUUUUCACUUUACCUCUCUUACCACCAACGGUAAACAGAAUACGGUUGUCAGUAUGCGGCGAUGAGGACGUGAAUAGUUUAAUUGAUCGUUUGGAGAUGUUACCUCAACUGACGAGUAUUCAUCUACAGAUGAACUGCAAGGAACCAAGCUGGCGAUGUGUAGAAGAUGCUAAUUCAUUUCUACGUUCUAUCUUGCCGUAUAUUGGAAGCAAAAUAACGCGGCUUCAUAUAUCGCUGCCAACGAUUAUUGAUGGUGUCUUCAGUUUGAUAACACAGUGUCUACCAAAUUUAAGUCAUUUGGCACUUGACGUCAAGCACAUCAACAACAAACUACUGCGGUUAUUCUUUACUGGUGGAAUUCAUUCGCCAGGUUCAAGAUUGCGAUCGCUGAAACUUUGCCGUCUUCGAACAACUUACAGAGCUUUGUUUGCGAUUGCGCGUGGCGCACAUUCAAUCACGGACUUAGAGGUGUCGCACAUCCCUUGUGUUGAUGAUCGCUUCUUGGCUUUAUUAGCAGAUAAUUGCAUGGGUUUGAAAAAUAUUAAUUUGAAUGGUUGUAGAUAUGUCACCGACAAAGGACUUGCUGCCUUGGCGCGGAAGUGUUGUUUAAAGGAAGUGCGAAUUCGUGCAACGUCAUGUACAGACAAGUCAAUAUAUUUGCUGGCGCAGUUUUGUCCUGACCUUGAAUGGAUAUCACACGCUGAUUUUAGUGGACGUCCAAAGUUCAGUGAUAAAGCAUUACAGUGUCUCAAAGAUUCCUGUGUGCAAAGGGUUAUUUGUUGA